ACAUGAGACCGGCUUUCCCCAGACACUGACUGGCCUUAAUCAUGGCUUUUAAAGCUCUCUUGGAAGCCCAUUUUUGCUUUCAGCCUGCAUGAACUGCGACCUUGUCAGACAUCACGCACGAGACCUAGUCCACCAGUUGAGCUGGUGCAAAGUGCAGCCCGCGUGCGGCCACUGACAUACCACGGCUGGAAGUCGACCAUCUUUCGUUCUUUCUCUCUUUAUUUGCUCCCAGUGUCCUAAGAGUGCUGCGCGGCUCUACCACUUUCUGUGUUUGUCACUCUGCAUCGCCAGAUAAGCUUGGCAGUUCUCACACACAAAACCACGGAGUUCAACACAAACAAAAACAUCAUCAACAACAAUCGGGAAAAAUGGCUCCCCAGUACCGCCCAGUAGCCCGCCUCCGCCUGCGCGUCCGGCGGCGCGUGCAAAACGUCGUGGGCAUAAUCACGGGCACGCACCCGGGCGAGUCGACCACCGUGGACGAGUACUACUCCUCGUCCUCGUCCUCGUCCCCGCGUUCCUCCUCCUCGCUACACGCACGUCAUCGGCAGCGACGGAACAGCCAGUAUUCGUCUCGCGGCGCCGGCAAGCAGCAGCAGUCGUACAACUCGCUUGCGUCCAUCAGCGAGAGCGACGAGGAGGACAGCAUCACGGACACGGAUACCAAUAGCGACACGGGGAUCACGCCGUCGUCUUCAGUGUCCGUGUUUGAUCCUGACAGCAGCGAUGACGACGAUGACAAUGACGACGAUGAAGACGAGGAGGAGGAGGGACAGCGAGAGAGACGCCACGACGAGCCCCGGAACCCGUUCUCAGACUACUACGAGGCGGAUGAGACGACGGCAGCGGCGACGACGGCUACCGGCUCACAGCUGGUCAGGGUCAAAGCUCGCGGCCACGGGCCCAGCAAGACACAGAAGCAGAGACAGAACAACCCCUACAGACGGUCCAUGGAUGGCGAAGGUCGAAUGGGGAGUAAGACGGGAGGCGGCAGUGCGCCGUAUCGAGUCACCCUGCCCAAGGGGAUGAAGUGGAAGUCCACCCCUGGAGCAUACUACGGCUUCGCGACGACGACGACAACAACAAGGCGGACGACACAGCGCGGUGACAAGAACGAGGGCAAGCCCGCACGUGGCCAGAACGGUCUCAAAAGCUCGACAGCCACAGCAACCACAGCAGCAGCAGCAGCAGCAACCAAGCCGAGAGUAAUAGAGCUGGACUGGAACCACACCUCCCACGGCGCGUACCAGCUCCUCCGCCCGGCCAACCCGCGCUACGUCCGGAGCUUCACGUCGGGCGCCAUCGCGGCGGGUGGCGCCGACGCGGGCACCAUGAUGGCCAUGCUCGAGUGCCACACCCCGGCGUGCGAGAUCUCUUGGGGGAGCGGGAGCACCACCACCAGCGGGGCGAUGAUGCGGAUGGCCGAGUUUGACGGCCUGGCCGGGCUGGGCUACGGCGGGUUCGGCGCGGGCGACGCCCAGUGGCUCGAGUACAUGAGCAUCCCGUCUGGGAGCCUGGGCAAGGCCGGGAGAUGGGUCGGGCGGAGGCUCGGGCUCUGCGGUGGUGGUGGUGGCGGUGGUGGUAGUGGUAGUGGCCGAGAGGGGAGGAGUACGGAAGAGAAAGGAAGUGGUGGUGGUGCUGCUGGGCUUUCUGGGAAAAAGUCGGCCGUGGUUAGGCCGUCGGCUGGCAAUGGCGCUGUCGGGCAUGUCGUUGCUCCUGGCGCGGCGGCGGUAAGGGCCGUCAGCGCGAAGAGGGUGCGCUUUGCGUAAGCCAGUAUUUCAUGUGCGCUGCAGUAUGUGCAGACCCUUCCCGGGAGGUGCACAAGCAUUAGUGGUUGACGGAAUGAAUUCGAAGGAAAGGGAAAGGAGUGACAAUUUGGCGUUGGCUGUCUAUUUCAAUAUACCAGGGAUACUUUUUCUACGUAGCACUUCAAGCCCAACAUUUUCAAACUUCUACUGUCGC